GGGAGCAGCAGUAGCAAGGGGAACAGCAGCAGGAGGAUGUCUGGCAGAGGCAAAGGCGGGAAGGGACUUGGGAAAGGGGGAGCCAAGCGCCACCGCAAGGUGCUGCGCGACAACAUCCAGGGCAUCACCAAGCCGGCCAUCCGCCGCCUGGCUCGCCGCGGCGGUGUCAAGCGCAUCUCGGGGCUCAUCUACGAGGAGACGCGCGGCGUGCUUAAGGUCUUCCUGGAGAACGUGAUUCGCGACGCCGUCACCUACACCGAGCACGCCAAGAGGAAGACGGUUACUGCCAUGGACGUGGUGUACGCCCUCAAGCGCCAGGGUCGCACCCUCUACGGCUUCGGCGGUUAAAGCGUUUUGCUCCUAGACUUAUCUCGACAACCCAAAGGCUCUUUGAAGAGCCACCCACUUUCUCUUGUAAAGAGCUGAGUUGCUUCGAAAUUAGUAAAAGACAGAAUAUUGUUACACUUUUUCGGUUACUUAAUUGCAUUUUGUACUAACAAGUUGCUGUGUAAAUCGCUUUUAGGAAUACUGUUUAAGCACUUAGUUGUCUAAAUGUGUGUCCUUAAAAGCGUUAAGAGGCUCUUCUAGUUGAGUAGAUGAACAUAUAAAUCUAUGGAUUACAAUAGCAGAGUAUCUGAAAUCUAAAUUUAGGGGAGGUUUUGUACUAUCCCUAGAAAAAUGGAUCUCAAAGAAUAGAAAAACCCCUAAACUUAUGCUCCUCUUUCAAGCUGAAGAGCUGGCUUAGAGGCAGGUAUGCAUUGCAGAUAUCUUACUGUUGUCUGGUUUUCCACAAAU